CGGACUGUUGUCAUACUGCCGAGUUUAGUUAUUAGUAGCAGACACAGUGUUCUUCGAACAAACAGACAAACAACUUUGGAAGAGAAUUUAGUGUAUCUUCGCACAAUUGUAAGAGCGUUUUCCAAGAUUCAAAAUGUCGUUUAUGCCUCUGUGGCCGAACUUGCAGCCGAGAGCGACCGAUCCUCUGUGGUUCAACGCAGAUAAGCCCAUCGACGACGAAAGCGAAGUCGCUGCUCUAGAACUUGAGCAGCAAACAGUGCGAGACAAGAUACGCAUAGAAGGAUACGAUCUCGUGCCCAUCGGCAAAUCGUCCAGUGAUUUUAGAGGCUCCGAAGAGGAAGAGGAGGAGGAGGAAGAGGAGGAAGGCGAAGGAGAAGAGGAAGAAGAUUCUGAUACUCAUGAGGAGGAAGAGGAAGAAUUAGAUGAUAUUGAUAUGGAAGUCAGCUAUUCUAAUCAGCAGCAGAGAUCCAGUCCUUCCGACACUGCCACCGAUCCUGCAUCCAUUAGAAUGGAUCCGCACGGACCUCAAUAAGUCGUUCAUUCCUAGUUAGCCAAUUUAAAUUAUUAUCCUAUAACGUUAAAGUGUAAAUAAAAAUUUUUAUAAAGUUUCAUAAUAAACGCAGCGAUAAAUUAUAAAA